UGCAAAGGAAGGUCUGUCAGGCAUAUUUAUCUAUGAACUAGAUGGGCCAAGGCCUGCGGAAAGAUCCAGCAGUCAACAGAAAAAAGAGUCUGAGUACAGCCGCAUGUCCUCUACAAGCAGUGAAGUUUCUGUGGAAGAAAAUCAAGACCCUUUCCUUGUCAGUAUCCAUAUCAUCACAGACCCUGGUGAAUCCAAAGUUCUCCAGCAAGCCAUUGAUAAACUGUUAGCAUGGAUCCAUCCAGACCUCCAUUUGUUCCGAGUCUCAGAAAGACGGGUCUUGAGGAAACACAGGAAGUCUGAUAAGGCUGCUGUUUCUCAGCCAGCCCUUGCAGUCAUUCUGUUUCUGCAGGAGGAAUAUGGAGAAGAACCAAUUUUACAACUCCACGAAACCUUUCAGCGGCCACCUUGGCAUUACCACCAUACAGAACGAGUGCAUGGCAAGUUCCUCCCUUACAUGCCAUGCAGUCAGGACUUCUUCAUUUUAGCCCCUGGGACACCUUUGUGGGCCAUCCGACCAGUGCAUUAUGGAAGAGAAAUCAUUCGCUUUGCCAUAUACUGCAGAAAUGAAAACUUUGUUGACAUUAUGAAACUGUACCAGAUAAUCCUGAAAAGACCGGUGUGUCAGAAAAAGGCAGACUUUUGUGUCUUUCCUGUCUAUUCUAACAUGGAUAUAGAUAUUCAGUUUUCUUUAAAAAGACUCCCUGAGGGCCAAAUUCCAACCCCUACUGAGUCAGCGGUUCUGGAAUUCCGAGUAGAAGAUAUUGGACAACUUGUCCCUCUCUUGCCCAACCCUUGUAGCCCAAUCAGUGAAGGCAGGUGGCAAACAGAAGACCAUGAUGGGAAUAAGAUCCUUUUGCAGCAGGCACGUAUUUGGUAUAGGAAGUCUGCUAAGCAGAACAAGCUUCAUUUCCCAUCUUCAAGGGAUUCCCAUUUCACUCCUUCACCAAGCUACAUUCCUCAUAGUCACAGAUGUGCCCCUGAUCAAACCAGUGAGCAUCUGAAGUCAGCUGGUCAAAUCAAGCUCCGUCGGGCAAAUGGCCUUGGUCAGUUCCUUGGCAUCUCCCAGCAGGACUUAAGAAAUGGUGACCGAGGAGACCUCACCCGGCGAUCCAGUAGUGUUUCCAGCAUUUCAUGGUCUUUUCAGCGAAGCAAGUCUCUGUUCUGCUUGCCCACAAUGAGUUCCUCUCCAGCCUCUGACUCCUUUCACUUUAGUGAACCAUUCCAGUUUUUCAAUACUGGGUCACCUGUGAACAGGUUAAAAACAUGGAAAUGCAGCCCCAAACUUAAUAUUGAGGAGUUGGAGGGUUCACAAGAGACUGAUGUCGACACGGGAAUGAAGCUAUCCUCAGAUCUGUCCGUGGUCUCAGCCUACUCUACCUUUAAUGGAUUUUGUAGUGAUUUGGAAGCGUCUCUUCCCUCACAAAGGCAAAGUGUCAGUAGAUCUAAACAGGCUGUCUCCAGAGGAAGGCCGUUGUCAGCCAUGUGCAGUACCCUCGAACUUCCUGGUGGUUCACUUCCAUCUCUCUGCAAAUGGUCUCCCAGCUUUUUCUUAUCAUCUUCAGCAUCCCCCUUAGCAUCUCAUUGCCAACUCCAACAGUCACCAAGAGCAACCCCUUGUUUUUUGAACGAUAGGAAACCCCCUGGCAGCAUUCAGCCAGGCUCCCCAACUGACGAAGAGGAAUUCUACAUCUGAGCUUUCUCCAUGCUGCACCUUUUAAUGUAAAGUUGUGCAUAUGUGAAUUACAGCAGUGCAUUGCCACCAUCUGAGCCAUCUGGGCUGGCAAGUUCCUUGCUCCUUCCUGAGGACAAGGUAUUACACCAUUGUGUGCUAAAUGUUGUAAAAGGCUUCCACACACCACCAUAACGGAUGCCUCAAUUGUGUAUCAUAAUACAAGGUGAGAUUGUGUCCACUGGAUUCAUGUGGUGGGGAUUCUCAACGUGUAGAUCUGUCCAUAGCUGUGCAGGUAAGGCAUUUAUGCUCAGAGGCCUUCAGCUCUUGUGAAGGGGGUUUGGGAAACUGACCCAUAGCAUGUAAAACAGGAAGUGCCCAGGGAUGUGCAUGGUAACCCAGUUCACUCUGACAAGCAGCUGUAAAGGUGCUGAAAAUACAACCUCACGCUGCAUUAAGUUAUCCGAAAAAUUCUCUCCAUGCUGGCAAACCCUUCCCCGCCUCCUUCAUGAGGUUGUAAAGGAAGCUGUGUAAAGGGGCGGCCCCCAGCAGCAUGGCUUCAGUGGAGCCAGACAACGAGGCUGAGGACCCCAGAACCAGUGUUGAUGCAUAGGCCUCCAGCUGAUCUUUGAGAAUCAGCAGAUUUGAGAAGACAACGUCUUGUUUGCUCCAUGGGGAAGAAGGAACAUUACCACAUCCCCAAUCUGAUGGGCUGCUUUUGGGAAAAUGCCAUGAGAGAAACCGUGAGGAGCUUUUCUCCCCACCCUCUUCCCAAAAUCAAACAUAUUUUUUCAUUGUGUGGGAAGGGAGCAGUGUGACCGACAGAACUGCACUGCAGUUCCCUAUUUUUACAGGUUUAUUAGUUUAGUCGUAAAAAAUUCACCUCAUACAUAAACUUGGUAUUGGAGGUCCCAGCCCCAUUUCUGUGUAAAAUAAAUCUCUAGCCAAACCUGUCUGAAUUUUUAAUUUAUCCGAAGGAAAAAAAAAAAACAUGUAGAAUUGUACUGGCCUUUUUAUUAGGUUACAUUUUUGGCAAGAUGUCACAGUAUAAUAUGGCAAGCAGUUACAGUGUAAUUACUUUGCUAUUUUGGAAAAAAGUUUAAAUGGAGAAGCCAUUAGUCUGAGAAAUGGUGAGUACGUUUAUAAGGGUUCCUACCAUCGAUUCUGACGACAUAUCUCUGUGUUAAUCAGUAAUGACACUGAGUGCUGUUCUGGGCUAGACAAGAACACUACCUGGGUUAAAGUAGUGUAUACAAAUCUGUAUCUAAUCAUAGACAAGUACAGCUGCAGAGGAUCCACACUGAUCAGUCAGUAAAUAAGCCUAUGGAGAAAAAAACCCCAAUCUUGUGUGUAUUACUCAGCAGCCUUACUCAGAACAAUACUAUUCAUUUUAAAAUAGCCUAAAUAAAUAAUUACAUAAGAGAAUGGAACAGCUCCAAAACCUCCACUCUAACCCCCAAGUAAGUAUACAGUUUAUACCUUACCACAAAUCAUCCUUUAAAAAUGCAGUCUAGAAGAAUUAAGUAUAAAAUUAUUCUGUUUAAGCACCACUAAAGUUGUAACCCAAAUCUACAAAGGCAGGAAACUGACGGCCAUGCUUGAAGGAAUUGGCAGCUAAUUCACUGACCCUCCUUUAUGCUGUUAAGCAUUUUUGCCCCCCACUCCCACCCCGGCAGUGCUAGAGAAUGGUGCAUCUGCUUCAUCUGAGUUUCCUGCCUGUUGUCAGAUACAAGACAUCCUGAACUAUGUGGAAACUUUGUCUUUUGCAUUAACUAUACAAAUGGAUUUUAUUCCAGUUCUGGAUACCCAGCUGAAUAUUAUCAUUUUCCCCACCACUACCACCCAGAACAUUUGGGUUCACUCCAACUCUUGAUAAACGACCCUACUCAGAGAUUCUUGGAAACAGAAACAGCAGAAGUGAGGGAUUCAACUUGGUGUUUAAUGUGGACAUUCAGACUCCAGCUGCCACUGAGGUUCUGAGACCUUUCUCCUUUGCAGGGUCUCAUUACUGUUAGAGCACAAUAGGCCUGGUUCUCCACUGUCAUGGGCUACAUGUAAUUAUUUACAGCCCUGCAAAGUAUGGCAUAAAACUCUCCACCAUGGGCACCUCCAGGCAAUUAGCUCUUUAGUGCUGGAGCGCCCCCUUCUGGCUGGUGUCAUACCUGCUGUU